AUGAAUGGCGAUCCGCUUCUCAUCCAGCCCGAGGGCGCCCUUGAUUUCAUUGCCCUGGGAUCCGCAGGCGCAGUGUUCCAAGACAGCAAAGGACAAGCCAUCAAAUCAACUCUCAAGCACGACGUCACAGGAUGCAGCCAGCAGGUUAUCGAGCAUGUCCGUCACAUCGAGUCCAUCUCGGAAACAUGCAUCGCCCGCGAGAAGACCAUUUACGAAGCACUGCCAAAGCAUCCCCGCAUUCUGGCCUGCCUCGAAACCAAGGAAAAGAGUCUCCAUUUUCCAUUCUAUCGGCUCGGGAAUCUCCGUGAUUAUCUCCGGCACAAUGAAAUAGACAACAGUAUCCGGGACCGCUGGGUCAGAAACGCGAUCGAUUCCAUCGCCGUGAUCCACGCAUACGGCGUGAUCCACGCCGACAUCAGCCCGCGCAACUUCCUUGUGGCCGACGACCUAUCGAUCAAGCUCUGCGACUUCGCCGGAUCCGCAAUCGGCGACCUGCAGCCCCUGGUGGAAGAAGAGGAGCGGUACCGGAUGGCGCCGCUGUCGCCGCGGACUUUCCAGACCGAUUUGUUUGCGCUCGGCUGCUUGGUCUAUGAACUCUCCACUGGGAUUCGCCCGUAUGACGAGAUCGAUGAUGAUGAAGUCGAAAGGCUCUAUAAGGCACAGACAUUUCCGAACCUUGACGGUCUGAAAUACCGGAAUAUCAUCUACAAAUGCUGGACUUCCCAAUAUGAAGGCGUCGACGCACUCCGGGUUGAUUACAGCCAUUACACUCAUCAGGCAGAUAAAGGGGGAAUCUUGCAGCACUAUGGAAGUACAUAA